GAUUCGAGGCCGGGGAGCGCGUUGUGUUCCGGAUCGGUAUAAUUCGGCCCCGAGAAGUACGGGGCGGGUAUCGAUAGAGGGAUAAAUUUUUUUUUUUAAAACACUAGCUUCGUAUCGUUUUAUACCCACGCGCCCGUAUCGCCGCUCCGCAAGCACACCCUCUGAAACGGGAAUGUUUCGCUUCAACCCUUGCGAAGGGACCUGACGUCGUCCUCCUCGUCUCGGGAUUCCACAUCCUCAUCGCGGAGGCGUCGCCGCUGACAUCCACGACCGGCAAUUGCGGUGUGAAAAAAAAGUGUGUGCACCGGAUGGCGGCGAGGAUGGUGGUUGUGCCAAAGUUUUAAUUGGAUUACCAAGGCUCGCCGACUACGGAGAACCAAGGUAGGAAAGGCGGAGCGCAGCGUAGACAGUGACCUGGCAACAUGAAAAAUACGUAACAUAAACGCAGCGAAAGGCAGUUUCAUUGGCUCGCCAGGAACGAUCUUGAUAAGGUGAUAUGUUAACCGAAGACAAUGAUCCCACGAAACCGGCCGGGGUUCUAGACAAUGCUGGCAACGUGUCUUCGUCAACGGAAGCCUCCGUCCAGCAUCCGCGCACCACGAACAAUGACACCGAGGUCAAAAACGAGGUCCAAGAGUGCCCGGAAAGCGACAACGUUCCGGGGGGUGAACUUUACAUCGAUGAAAGUGCCGAAGACAAGGAAGAGUAUCCUGACUCCAUGGAGAAGGCCGACUACAGUUCGUUGUACGGAGCAAAUCAAUAUUACAACAGCUUGUACAAUUCACCGAGUUACGGGACAACAACGAGCUCGAAAAAUACUUCGCUGCAGAGUUCCUACCUGAGCUCGUACACCGCCCCUGGUGCUAUGGCUCAGUACUCGAGCUAUGCAGGAUACAACAGUGGAUCCACCACAUUUCCAUCUGUCGGGCAAAAUAUAUCGUCGGCAUCCCAAAAAUUAGACUACAGCGCUUACAGCAGCACCCUUUACGGAAAUGAUAGAGUUCCACUGCAGUAUUCCGGAUACUAUCCAAUGCCUGGCUAUCACACGACACCCCCGUCAUUCAACAUUAGCAAUUUAAAUUUCACAGACGACUCUUCGAAAUCGGCGCUUACUUUGGACCCGCCAUCUCACGAAACCAACGAUCUUAGCACCACGCGGGAAACCACCAGCGUGGAGGGGGCGACGGCGAAGCCCUGCAGACGCGGAAGACGGCAGAGCGGAAGCGGAAACAGUAUCGGUUCCGCGGACACGACGGAAGCCGGGCCGGACCGGAUAUUCAUCUGGGACCUGGACGAAACCAUAGUUGUAUUCCACUCUCUGCUUACCGGACAAUUCGCGACGAAGCAUGGAAAAGACGCGCCGCUGUUGGCCCAGCUCGCUUAUCGGAUGGAGGAAAUGAUUUACAACUUGGCCGACACGCAUUUCUUUUUCAAUGACGUCGAGGUGAGUGCUGACUGUGAUCAGGUCCAUGUAGACGACGUGUCGUCGGAUGACAACGGGCAAGACUUGUCGUCGUACAACUUUGCCACCGACGGUUUUCAGUGCGCAUCGGCCAACAACGGUAUAUGUCUGGCUUCCGGCGUCAGAGGAGGCGUCGACUGGAUGAGAAAAUUGGCCUUUCGCUAUCGGAAGAUCAAAGAAAUUUACUGUAAUUAUCGAAACAACGUGGGCGGUCUUCUCGGUGCUGCCAAGCGAGAACAGUGGCUUCAGUUGAGGACGGAAAUUGAAUUAUUGACCGACAAUUGGCUGACUUCCGCCGUAAAAUGUUUGAAUUUAAUAAACAAGAGGAGUCACUGCAUCAACAUAUUGGUAACCACUACCCAACUCGUACCAGCCUUAUCAAAAGUACUUCUAUUCGGAAUCGGGGGAAUAUUUCCCAUAGAGAACAUUUAUUCAGCGACAAAAAUUGGAAAGGAGAGCUGCUUCGGUCGAGUUGUGGCCAGAUUUGGACGCAGAUGUACGUACGUUGUGAUCGGCGACGGAUCUGACGAAGAAACGGCUGCCCGGGCGCACAAUUUUCCGUUUUGGCGUAUCAACAGUCAUUCCGACACCCAGGCGUUGUACAACGCUCUGGAAAUGGGCUUUCUAUAAAAUAGAAAAGAUAUAUUGAAAAUUAUUUUAAUAAACAAUGCCAUUGAUCAACGGUGUCGCUAGUCAAGAUGCACCUUCGCUAACUGAUCGGAGAGUACCGAAAUUGGCAAAGGUAUUUCAUAUUUCUAUUCGCGGCUAGCCGCAGUUCUGCAAUAAUUUCGUAGAUACAUUAUUUACCUCAUUUUCUGGACAGAUUUUACUAGAAAUAUUGUUUUACCGACACUCGACGGUAAUUAAAAUUUUUUUUUCGAAUCACAAACGUAAUAAAAAAAAAAAGAAAUUAACAAAGAGAAAAAAAAUGUAAAUACUGUUCGAAAAUCCAACAGUCACUUUUUCCCGGCCUCCUCUACACUCAUUGCAAGUAAAACAUUUUGAAUCUGCUGUUGAAUUUUCUGCUCUCCUUUCUUACCAGCGAGGUAAUCAUCUUUUCUAGAACCUGGAAUAUCAUUCCUAUUAUGUAUUUGUUAUACGUACUAUAUACGAUGCAUAUCGGGGAUCGCGCGUCCUCGAAACUCGGCCAAAUUAACCAAUAAUCGGAUGUACGCGAUGUAUUGGUCCAGGGUCCACAAGUGAUAGAAAACGAAAGUAAACAAUUAAAUUAUAUCUAUAAUUAUAUGAAAAUUUUUAAACGAAACAAACAUUAGCGAGCUUCUGUGUGUGUGUAUAGAUAUGAAAUGUUGAGGGAAAAAUAUGAAAAAAGAUGUAAGGUGUCAUUUAAAUGUACUUAACUAGACAUGUAGCAAUUAUUAUUGAGUGUAUACGAUAUAAAUAACAAACGGAGAAGAGGCCAGUCAGCAUUGAACGCCUCUCAGCAAUCAAAGUGCUGUUUGUGCAUUUUGAAAUCUCCGAAAAGUUUCUCAACUUUUGUUGAACUAACUAAAUGCUGGUGAGUAUACUUGUUCCAUUAUCCAUGGCGAUGAUGCAAAACAAAAAAAAUACCCUGCUUAAGGCACGACCGUACAGUCGAACAUACAUGUGUCCCGGUUUACAGACACUCCAAAUUUUCGUCU